GUGAGCCCCAGUUCCACUCGAAGAUGCUGCGCCUGCUGAUCUUGCUGGGCAUUGGAGUCCUGGGCUGUUGGGCCGAGUGCAAUGUCUGUACGGGCACUGCCAAUGUGGCGUGCGUAUCGGCCACGGAGUAUCAGAUUUGCUCAGUCGCUCAUGUGCCCCUUGGACCCGUGACGAGUUGUCCUACCAACUACUUUUGUAGCGCAAGCGAUGCCGUUUGCAGUCCGGACGAGUCAUUAGGGGCUUGUGUGAAUUGCAAUAAAUGCAGCUCGGACAAGCGCUUUGCGUGCAUCAGCUCAUCGCAAUUCGCCUUGUGUCUGGGCCAGGAAACGCCGAGUGCAUCGAUUGUGGGAUCCUGCGGCACCAGUUUGGUGUGCAGCUUGGAGAAUGCCGAUAUCUGUGGCAGCUCCGCCACCUAUCCGGCAAGCUGUGCCACCAAUUCAUCUGGCGGCGGCACAGGCACGUCCAUAACAGAUCCCACCCAGUAUUGCCGCAGCCUGCAGCAGCGCGGACGCUAUCCCUAUGGCAUUGAUGCCACAACCACCUGCAGGCAAUAUGUAUCCUGCUAUACGUAUGCGGGUGUUUGGUAUGGAGCAAUCUACACCUGCGCGGGCUCCACCUACUUUGACAGUACGACACAGACGUGCACCACCCAAACGCAGGCCAGAUGCUCAGCGGGUGUCACUUCGUUGACUCUCAACGGACAAUUGCUGACAUAAAUGUUUUCUAUCAUGCAAUAAAGUGCAACCAAAUAAAGCGCAAACGUAUUAUUAUCUUGC